UCAAGCAAGGAAUUGUCCAUAAAGGCAGCCAUUGCUUUAAACCAUGCGCCCUAGGGUUCAUUGUACGCUUCACGCUUGCCGAAUUUAUACCUGGGGCGUUUCCUUCGGAAAGCCCGAGUAAUAAUGCAAAUCAGAAUGAUUGUAACAAACCCGUUAAUUGAAAAAUAUCACUGAAAGAUGUAGGGCAAGAGAUGUUUUAUGUUAUACAAAUUGAAGAUUAUGUAUAGAGUGUGUCAUGUUUUUUAGCAGGAAUGGUGCAAGAUUCUUCGCCCGCGAUAAUGAAUUACAGGAGUCUGAGGGCGGAGAUACUCCCGAGAGCUAUUUUGAGGGGAGCUGCAAUUUUCACUCGCCGAACGCAUUCCUGCGUUCCCUCGGAGAUGAAGCACAAGAGUCGAGUCAUCAAAUGUCAAAUGGUGAGCUGAACACUGGAUCAUCCUUCCCAAUCACGGAACCAGAAAAUGCCGCCAUUGAAAUGAUAAAUGGACUGUGGCAUCAAGAGACUUUCGUGUACCCGAGGGAAGCUGACGAACAGCUUUCAGGACAAAACAGUGAAGUUUCUCCUCCAUUUUCAGAGAUGCACCCCUUUGAAAAAAACAGAUCAUAUCAGAGGUCAACUCAUCAACAAGCAGAGAGAGGACAGGAAAAUGGAUUGCCCAACCCUAUGGCUUCCGGUGUAACCCCUGAUGAAACAUUCUUCUUCUCUCAAGAAGUGAAUUUGCCUCCUUACUUGACAGAAGUUAGGGAAGAACGACACCUCCUUGACCCAUGCGAGGGAGAUGAGGCCUUGGUGGUAUCCUAUCCCAUCCAGGAGGAGAAUCCGCUUUCAGAUCAACUGACGGAAACACCGCAGCAGCCAACGUACCAUCAAGAAGAUUGUGCACUUCACAAUGGGUUGAGUUCACCUACUCAGGAAACAGCAGUGCAUGAUGCAUCACCACCACCACCACCAGAUACGGGCUAUCCAGCACAAGAGAGAGAACAGGAUGUUCGAGGUAGUUAUCUAAUGCAAGGGUCGUCAGAACUACGGCUACGUAGUGGACAUGAUGAUCGACCUCGAUGUGUGCAGCAAACCAACCAUUACCAAGUAAAUGGUGUGAGCUCCCUCGGUGAGAAUGAACAAGCAAUUGAGCACAACUGUGAUAUGCAAGAGUUGCGAUUGUGGGAAAAUGAAAUUGCCAGGGCUAAGCCACAAAAAGCCACGAAGAAGAUGAAUGCAAGAGAGGCAUUUUACAUCACAGAGAUAACAGAGGUUAGGCAGCAUCGCCAUGUUGAUUCCAAUGGAGGAACAACUGCUGUCUUCACCUGUCCCAUCAUAACCGAUCGCUAUGGAUACAAGCUUGGAUUGAGGAUGUACCUUAAUGGCGUGGGUAAUGGAAGAGGUAGGCAUGUCGCCAUCUUUAUGCACAUGAUGAUGGGAAAGUAUGACAACUUUGAAGUGGGGUGGCCUUUCACUCAGAAGAUCACGCUGUCCAUUAUAGAUCAGAGCGGUGCCCAACGCCAUUUAAGCCGAAUCCUUCAAGCCAAGCCUAACAUGGUAGCCUUUGAGAAGCCUACGCAAGCCAUCAGUCGUAUGGGAUGCGGUUUUGUAAAUUUUGCUCCCAUAGAGGAAGUAUUUAGUCAUCCUUAUGUCAAAGAUGACAACCUUUUUCUUAAAAUUGAGUUUUCUGCCUGACUGCAAAGAUUUUCAUGAAUAACGAAAAAUUACAACUUUGAUUAUAUACGCUGUGCGAACAUUUCCCACAAAACCUUUGGGUUUCAUCGUUCAUGGAUCAUCCCUUUUAGGUAUCAGCGUUUUUGCAAUCGAGUGUUUACACGAAGUGUUCUGUUAUCAGUCAUAAGGGUGUCUUCAAUUUGUCCUACUCGCUUCUUUCGAUAGAGAUAUCCUACGAUUACUAAAUGAUAACUCUUUUUGAAUAGUAUCUUUCAAAGAGUAUUGUUACGUUAUAUUAGACAAACUCAUCUUUAGAAUAUCUUUAGUUAAUUUUGUCUAGUACCUGAGCAUUAUCACAUAAUACUAUUAUUGUAGGCGGUCUUGUGCAAUGUUGCCUGGAUUCUGAAGUGAGCGGAGCGUUGAUUUUUUCACCAUUAAUGAGGCACAUUGGGAUAUCUUAAACUCAUUUAUAGGAGUUAGGCCAUAAUUUGGUGAACCGCGCCUGGCCUUUUCUGCUUGUGAGAAUGCGUUUACGCUUGACGAGAGAAGUGAAAUCCACUCUUGGUUCUGUUUAUCAGAAGUGUGGUCAUUUGUAUCAUUUUUAAAGAGUUGCAUCUCUAAAGGCAUUUUUGUAAUGUCUAAAGAACUAUGCAAAGGCUUAAACAGUAUUUUUAGAGUCAAGGCUAUUUUCUUUUGUUUUUCGCUUAAAAACUCGCAGAUUCUUUAUCAUUUUUUACUUUUGGCAACACAUUUCGCUUCUCUAUCUCAGUAAUCCUUUUUUUUGGCAAUUCAGUCAGUUUAGUUCACGGCUUCAAGUACAUGUAGCUUCCUCUUACGAAACAUGUUUCCCUUUUUUUUCCAUAAAGUUUAUUUGAAUCAAUUACAUAGUUGAUAAUCUAGAUGUGAAGCGGGUUAAUCCACCGCAGUUACGGAAAUUAAGAGAAAUGGAACUGCUCCGAAUUUUUUUUAAAAUCUCAAAACAAGGAUUACUUCUUAGAGAAACAGUAAUUUAGAAUAGGUAGAUAGAUGUAAAAUAAAGGGCACUAGUUAAAAAAAAAAAAGACACGCAAAUGUUAUUUGACUGACUCGUAUAAUGUUUUUCGAGCUCGCAGGUUGUAACUUGUCUAGAAGAAAUAUUUGGCAGUACUCUGUUUUCAAAACUUGAUGCUUUUUACUUGUCCGUAGCGAGAUUUCAUUGCAAAAGGUUUACAAACGACCAAAGAAAAUUUCUAUUUUUCUUAUAAUGCUAUACUCGGCUCAGCCGAGGCAAUUUAUAAACUAAGAAAAAUUUUAUUGAAAAGUUUUGUACGUUAGGUGUGAUAAUAAUUUGUUAAAGUGUACCACAAAUGUUACUAGGAAUUGCAAUGCACU